CGGAAAUACACUGCGGUCCGGAUCUGGAAAACCGAUUUAACCGCGAUAAACGAGGGCCGACUGUAUAUAAAAGUAGCUGGAUUAGAUUUGCUCUCAAAGGAGGCGCCAACACUAAACAAAGCUAGCGCGGCGCAGGGAGUUAAAGUAAGCUUAUUACAGCGAGAUCAAAAACAAAACACUUCACUUGCUCCCGUAGAGGCUACAUGUUUUUUUUUUUUUGCACGCGUUAGAGGACCACAUCGGAAUGCUAGGCAGUUAAUGAUGAAACUACUGCCCCACCGCGUCGGCUUAUCGAUGGGUGAAUCCGGCUCGCGACGCUCCACGCUUGUUUCCCGCCUGCCCAUCUUCCGUCGGAGCAACAGCAAGCGGCAGGAGUCUCUGCCGUCUUCGCCGUCGUCGGGCGGCAACUGCGUUCACACCUCGUCGCCCUCCAGCACCAACUCCAGCUCGGGGAGCACCGGCAAACGCCGGAGCCUCUUCCGCACGCCCUCGCUCAGCUUCUCGGCCAAACGCAACAGCCACCCCCGUGUCCAGCCCGUCAAUUUGAACCUCACGCCGCCGCUGGCACAGACCGCGGACGCCAAUGGGAACAGUCAGACGAUAACGGCGCCCAAGUCGCGCCACUCGUUCGGCUUCGGAAGCCACCGGCAUAAGAAAAUCACACGGUCUCAAACUGAAGAUUUUGAAAAAGCGCCGUCGUCGUCCUCGUCGUCUUCGACCAAUCGCAACGUGUUCAUCAACUGCCUCAGCGGAUCCGGCGCCAACGAGGCCGACGACUCGGGGUUCAUCGAAGACUACGGCAGCAGACGCUCCUCGCGCCACAAGAAGCAGCAGCUGCUGCCCAAAUCCCUCUCCGCUCACCACCGCUUCUCUCGCACCAACUCCGACCAACACCACAGACCUCCGUUAGGCAACCCGGACCACCCCAGUCCCAAUGCCACUGCUGCCCAGGGUGCUGGCGGUCUCACGCCGGGGUCGUGGCCCGGCGACGCCGCCACCCUGGAGAGCUCCCUCCAGUCUCCCAUGAUAUCCGAGGAUCGGACCACAGCCGUCACCCCGUCCGAGUUCAUCCCCAUCACAGAGGACUCGGUUUCUGAGGUUGAUGCCUUGCCGGCUCCAAGCCCUGGACCCACGUCGGUGUCUGGACUGGUCUCUGCUCCAACUGAGGGUCCACCCGCCCCGCAGACCUUCAGUGGGCACGUCUCUUCCUCACAGGUUUUCUUCACUCCGGCCAAAUCCAGCUGUGAAAAACCCUUACUCCCCGACACCAGCACGGCAAACACCACCGACUACGAGACGGCCAUUUCUCUCUCAGAACCGGAGACCGCCGUGCCCUGCGUGCCUCCGCAGGAACAAUCGCCGGACGAGAGGAAGGAGAGAGAGGAAGAACGAGAGCAAGCCAGGAAAGAGACCUCAUCAGCGGCAGUGAGGGGAAAUGAGCCCGCGGGGGGGAACAACCGCGUCGAGACCACCAGCGAGAGCGAGGCUGGAGCCCCGCCGCCGCCGCCGCGCAGCGAAGCUUGCCACUCGUACCCGGAGCAGUCAGAGAGGAGGACGAGGAAGGAGAGAGGAAGCUUCUGCGGCUGCCAUGAACCCAGGUCGUGCCACCUAAGGAAGCCACACACAGCUUCCCUGUGCAGCAGCGUCAGCCCGUACCACGAGGUCAUGCGCUUGGAGCGGCGUCUACGCUCCUCCUCCGAAGGCGCCGGCGGCCCCCGCGUCCACGGCAACCCGAGCGUGGAGGGAUGCGGUCUGCUGAAACACAGGAACAACUCGUCGUCAUCCAAACUGGGAAGUCUGGAUGUCCUGAACAAUCUGGGCUCCUCUGAGCUGGAUGAGGAUGAUCUCAUGUUGGAUCUGGACCUGUCUGACGAUCAACGCCAUCGUCAUGUUUCCCGAGAAGACUCCAGCCAGUCUUUGGCUUCCUGUCUCAACCUUCUCCCGUCGCCCGUCGACCCCUUCGCCGAUCGCAUCCUGGGGAAAGACAACAGUCAGAGGGAGCCCCGACGUCCGACCAGCCUGCUCCCCCCCGCAGACUGCGGUAACUCGGCUCCGCUUUCGGGCAAGGACGACGAGCUUUUACCUUCGGGGUUGGAAACCCUGCCGCUGCGACUGAUGCAGCAGGAUUGCACCGCCGUCAAGACGCUUCUUUUGAGACUGAGGCGCACCCUGCAGGAGAGCACAGAGACAAGUCCUGCCAGCAGUCUUCAGUCUCUACCCAUAAGCCCUUGCAGUGAGAAGUCCCUCCCAUUUAAGGAUUGGAGCAGAGAGGAGGCGUUGUUGCAGCAGCUGAAGGAGAAAGAUGAGCUGAUCCUCCGACUCCAAAGUGAACUGGAGAGCGCCAAAGCUGCCCUGAAGAUGAAAGACGGCCAUGCGACUGACCACGCUACACAGACCGAACACAUGGGGCCGGAGAUCAACAACCAUGCAGGCCGGUGGUCCGGACCAGGCAGCAAGGAGCGAAGGGUGGCACGGGCCGGGGGGGCGGCGCCCCAGCCGCUCGCAGGGGACCUCUCUAGCACGCACCCCGCUCGCCAUGCAAUGCCUGUCCACAACGAGCCUCCUGGUUCUGCCAAGGACGGGAGCCCCGUCGGAGUUUUGCAGACGCCCGCCCCUCCUCGCACGAAUCAGUGGGCGGCAGUACCGUCUUCCACCCCUAGGGUGUCCUCAUCGUCCGAGUCCCUCACUCCGGGAAGCGGUGUGGGCGCACGCAGAGGGGAGCAUCACCCGCCGAGCCACAUCCCCCGCGCUCUCGCCAGUCGAUCCUCCUCUUCUUCCUCUUCCACCCCCCCGUCUUCAUCGUCGUCCUCCCCAUUCACGGGGCGCUUAGGGCAGCCGCCCAGAGGCCCGCUGUCCCUGCACAGCUACUCCCGUAAAAACGUGUUUCUCCAGCACUCCCUGCACACCGCCGAGCUGCAGGCGCUCACUCAGCGAGACACUUGAAGUGACGCCCCGCAUCGUCAUCACACGCCGGCGGCCAUAUUGUUUACCUCUGCACAAACGCUGCUCUUAUUUUUUUUUUUAUUGGUGGCCAAAUCCCAACAAGAGCUUUGCUGACAUUUUCCUCGCAUGUAUGAAGAAGACACUCAUCUUGUCAGCUCCCACGUCGUGCCGCGCUAUGCCGACAUUUUAGAUAGUCCUUCCGCCCACGCAUGUACACAACAAAAGUGCACGCAACAACAACAACAACUACACUCAUUGCCAUUUUUUUUUAACAUAUUUGUUAAUUUAUUUCUACGAUAUUUGCUGCUGGGGAGCCGCUGACUGUGCUGCUUUUUGCUUUGCAGGGACAUUCGCUGUUGUCACAUUGCCAAAAUGUCCACAUUCAUGCCCCUCAGCCCUCUCCAUUGGGACCAACGACCAUCCACCCACCCAUCCACCCAUCCAUCCACCCAUCCUGCAUGCCUAAAGGACACUUUUAUACAAGGUGAGCGUCGCGUAUCUGCUUUUAUUGAGUCAACUCUCACCUCAAGUCGUUCCAAGAAAAGGGAACUCUGCCGCCGUCGCCUCGAAGGUUGAAAAAUUGCCAGUGAAACAUGGCGCAAGUGUUGCAUUUGAGUACGUAGAAGAACGUGGUAGACAUGUAGAAAAUACACGGAAAAGAAUAUAAGCUCCUAAAAACUCUUUUGUGUCUUUUAAUUCAACAUUAUCCUACUACUUGGAAAUGGACCAAUCUCACAAAGAUUUUCAUUCCAAAAUGUGUCACUCACUCGGUUUCUUUUUUUUUUUUUUUUUUUUUACAUCUCUUUGCACUUGCAUGACAAAUAAGAAUGUUUAAAAAAAAUAGAUGCUGAAAGCCCCAUCCGGUCGGCAGCAUCACUUUGUCAUUAAAGUGAACACUGAACGUUUACAUUACGGUGGAACAUCGAACGUCUUUUUCUGUGACUUCUUGUGUUUGUUUGUUUGUUUGUUUUAAUAGGGAACUUAUUUUAAAAGAAGGAGCAACGAGACCUCAGUUCAGCCAGCAUUAAAUGUUUACUCACUGAGUUUAUUUUGCUUUUUAUUUGGCUUUUUUUCCACCAGUGGACCUUAGAGGUUGCUUUAUCAUCUUUAUUACAUGAUUUUUUAAAAUCUGGGAGCCACCUAAAACCUUGUUAGCAAGGAUCCAAGACUCCUGCAGGGGUGUCCAAAGUGCGGGCUGGGGGCCAUUUGUGGCCCGUGGCUGUUUUUUUUUUUUUUAAUUUACCCGCAUUUCAUUGUAAAAAUAUUUAAAUAAUUUAAAAAUAAGCAGUAAUUUUACAAGUAUAAAGUCAAAAUAUUAAAAGAAAAAUCACAGGGCACAUAUAGACAAACAACCAUUCACACUCACAUUACAACAAAAGGUUUUUACAGAAAAAAUUCUGUUGAAAAUAUGAUGUGAAAAUAGUAAAGAAAAUUGAGGAGAAUGUUGAAAUAGGUCGGGGAAAUAAUUUUACAAGAAUAAAUGUGUUAUAUUAUCAGGAAAAAUAAUAUCAUUUUAGUAGCAAAGAAUUGAAAAAUGAAAGAAAAAAAUUAUUAUUAAAAAAAAUAUUUAAAUUUACCCACAUUUCAUGGUAAAAAAACAUUUAAAUAAUUUAAAAAUAAGCAGUAAUUUUACAAGUAUAAAGUCAAAAUAUUAAAAGAAAAAUCACAGGGCACAUAUAGACAAACAACCAUUCACACUCACAUUACAACAAAAGGUUUUUACAGAAAAAAUUCUGUUGAAAAUAUGAUGUGAAAAUAGUAAAGAAAAUUGAGGAGAAUGUUGAAAUAACUGGGGGAAAUAAUUGUACAAGAAUAAAUGUGUUAUAUUAUCAGGAAAAAUAAAAUCAUUUUAGUAGCAAGGAGUUGAAAAAUGAAAGAAAAAAAUUAUUAUUUAAAAAAGAUUAUUUUAAUUUACCCGCAUUUCAUUGUAAAAAUAUUUAAAUAAUUUAAAAAUAAGCAGUAAUUUUACAAGUAUAAAGUCAAAAUAUUAAAAGAAAAUAACAGGGCACAUAUAGACAAACAACCAUUCACACUCACAUUACAACAAAAGGUUUUUACAGAAAAAAUUCUGUUGAAAAUAUGAUGUGAAAAAAGUAAAGAAAAUUGAGGAGAAUGUUGAAAUAACUGGGGGAAAUAAUUGUACAAGAAUAAAUGUGUUAUAUUAUCAGGAAAAAUAAAAUCAUUUUAGUAGCAAGGAGUUGAAAAAUGAAAGAAAAAAAUUAUUAUUUAAAAAAGAUUAUUUUAAUUUACCCGCAUUUCAUUGUAAAAAUAUUUAAAUAAUUUAAAAAUAAGCAGUAAUUUUACAAGUAUAAAGUCAAAAUAUUAAAAUAAAAUAACAGGGCACAUAUAGACAAACAACCAUUCACACUCACAUUACAACAAAACAUUUUCAAAAUUCUGUUGAAAAUAUGACGUGAAAAUAGUAAAGGAGAAGGAAAUUGAGGAGAAUGUUGAAAUAACUGGGGGAAAUAAUUUUACAAGAAUAAAUGUGUUAUAUUAUCAGGAAAAAUAAAAUCAUUUUAGUAGCAAGGAAUUGAAAAAAAAUAUUUAAAAAAAAUAAUUUGAAUUUACCCGCAUUUCAUUGUAAAAAUAUUUAAAUAAGCAGUAAUUUUACAAGUAUAAAGUCAAAAUAUUAAAAGAAAAUAAGUCAUAAUUGUUGUAAUAUUUUGAGGAAAAAUAAUGUCAUUUUUAGUGCCAUGUCGUAGAAAAAUGACUUUUCUAAUCCAACCUUUUCUGACAAAUUUUCAAACAACAAAAAGUAUUUUUGUUGUAGUAGCAAGGAGUUGAAAAAUGAAAGAAAAAAAAUAUUAUAAAAAAAAAUUAUUAUAAUUUUUUUAUUAUUAUUUAUAAGUCCUUUCGUAGCAAGGAGUUGAAAAAUGAAAGAAAAAAAUAUUAUUUAAAAAAAUAAUAUUAAAAAAUAUUAAUAAUUUUUAAAAAUAUAUUAUUUUUUAUUUAUUAUUUAUAAGUCCUUUAGUAGCAAGGAGUUGAAAAAUGAAAGAAAAAAUAUUAUUUAAAAAAAUUAUUAUUAAAAAAUCUUAAUAAUUAAAAAAUAUAUAUUAUUUUUAUUUAUUAUUUAUAAGUCCUAACAUGAGAAACAAAAAAAAAGUUGUCAUUCUUGGAUGAUUAGGUCACAAUAUUUGUGACCUCUUGACAUACUGCUGGGAAAAAGUUUGGACACCCCCGCUCUGCUGUAUAUUUAAUGCUGCCGGGGUUGCCCCGCCCACCUACCCCAUUCAUACCGAUGCUGUUAUUCCCAACAGGAGUGAGGCCACACCGCAGUAAACCUCCUCCCUGCUCGUUUGCAUGCUGCCUUUGUCCCCCCCCCAAUCCCUCGUCUCCCCAUUGUAUGUCCGUCUUUCACCUGCAGCUUAUUUGUCUCUUAGCCUGCUGCAGAGGUUCAAUAGUCAAAGUCACAGGGAGUCAUUUUACACCUGCUGAAAAGCAAUUAACUCCCUGAGAGGAAGCCCAAACACCAUUGUCUUUGUUUGACUGACUCCUGUUGACCUCCUCGGCUCUGCUAAUGACAUCCAUACUCCCGUUUAUUAUAUUUCCUACCACAUUAACAUCAAAGACUCCUCGCUACAUUGGUUUUUUUGUUUUAUAUGUCUUUUUUUUCUAUCGCCUUAUUUAUGUUUACCUCUGUUGACAAUCCAAGAAUAUGCUAUAAUAAUGAAUCAAACAUAAUAUAUUGUUUUAACCUCUUUAGAGGUGUACAUAAGCUUUUUUUAUAAUAAUAUUUUUUAAUAAUAAUUUUUUUCUUUCAUUUUUCAACUCCUUGCUACUAAAGGACUUAUAAAUAAUAAAUAAAUAAAAAAAUUAAUAAUAAUUUUUUAAAAUACUAAUAUUUUUCUUUCAUUUUUCAACUCUUUGCUACUAAAACAAAAAACUACAUUUUGUUGUUUGAAAAUUUGUCAGAAAAGGUUGGAUUAGAAAAGUCAUUUUUCUACGAUAUGGCACCAAAAUGACUAUUUUUUUCAUCAAAAUAUUACAACAAUUAUGACUUAUUUUCUUUUAAUAUUUUGACUUUAUACUUGUCAAAUUACUGUUUAUUUUUAAAUUAUUUACAUAUUUUUUACAAUGAAAUGCGGAUAAAUUUAAAAAAAAAAAUAACCUUGUGACCCUCAUGAGGAUAAGCGGUAGAAAAUGAAUGAAUAAUAAAUUUUUUUCUUUCAUUUUUUAACUCAAAUUACUGCUUAUUUUUAAAUUAUUGAAAUAUUUUUUACAAUGAAAUGCGGGUAAAUUAAAAUAAUUUUUAUAUUAAAUAAUAAUUUUUUUCUUUCAUUUUUCAACUCCGUGCUACUAAAACAAAAAACUACUUUUUGUUGUUUGAAAAUUUGUCAGAAAAGGUUGGAUUAGAAAAGUCAUUUUUUCUACGAUAUGGCACCGAAAUGACAUUAUUUUUUUCCUCAAAAUAGUACAACAAUUAUGACUUAUUUUCUUUUAAUAUUUUGACUUUAUACUUGUCAAAUUACUGCUUAUUUUUAAAUUAUUUACAUAUUUUUUUACAAUGAAAUGCGGAUAAAUUAAAAUAUUUUUUUAAAAAUAACCUUGUGACCCUCAUGAGGAUAAGCGGUAGAAAAUGAAUGAAUAAUAAAUUUUUUUCUUUCAUUUUUUAACUCAAGUUACUGCUUAUUUUUAAAUUAUUGAAAUAUUUUUUACAAUGAAAUGCUGGUAAAUAAAAAUAUUUUUUUUUAAAUAAUAUUUUUUUUCUUUCAUUUGUCAACUCCUUGCUACUAAAAUGACAUUAUUUUUUAAAAGGUAAUAAUCAUAAUAAUAAUGUGUAUUUUGUGGCAUUUCUGAAGGGAUGUUGAUUGUUUGCACAAAGACUUAAUAAAACAAUCAUACAGCAGUCAAGCUGGGAAUUGGGAAUUCCCAACUUGGGAAUGGGAGACUUUGACCAAACUUAUUUUUUCCCGUGUAUUGUUGGUAAUUCACUUCCGAGGAAUCAUGAGGUCAUCAUCGUGUUUUGGGUUUGUUUUAGCUCGCCAUUAAUGUUUUAUCAGAAUAUUUGGGUCUCUGUUGAUGUCCUGCAUAUUUAAUUCCAUUAAAGCAAUGACAACAUUUUACCUGAUUUGACUUUUACCAUGUUUCCAUACAGGUAGCAUAGAAUCACACAUAA